CCCAGCUGUACAUGGAGGAUGACAGAAAAAUCCAAUGGUGUGAAAAGCUCCCCAGCCAAUAACCACAACCAUCGCGCAGCCCCUGCCAUCAAGGCCAAUGGCAAAGACGAGCACAAGACCAGCAGCAGGCCGCAGUCUGCAGCCGAUGAUGAUACUUCCUCUGAACUGCAGAGGCUGGCCGACAUGGAUGCUCCUCGCCGGGGGAGGGGUGGCUUCCAAAGGGUUGUACGCCUGGUGGGGAUUAUAAGAGAUUGGGCCAACAAGAAUUUCCGUGAGGAGGAAACUAGGCCUGACUCAUUCCUUGAGCGUUUCCGUGGGCCUGAGCUUCAGACGGUGAAGACGCAGCAAGGAGAUGGCAAAGGAGACAAGGACGGCGAGAGAAAGGCCACCAAGAAGAAAUUUCAACUAUUUGUCUUGGACCCUGCUGGGGACUGGUACUACCGCUGGCUCUUUGUCAUUGCCAUGCCCGUUCUCUACAACUGGUGCCUGCUGGUGGCUAGAGCCUGCUUCAGUGACCUCCAGAGGGGCUACUUCCUGGUGUGGCUGGUGCUGGACUACUUCUCAGACUUGAUCUACAUCGCGGACCUCUUCAUCCGAUUGCGCACAGGUUUCCUAGAGCAGGGGCUGCUGGUCAAAGAUACCAAGAAACUUCGAGACAACUAUAUCCACACCCUGCAGUUCAAGCUGGACGUGGCCUCCGUCAUCCCCACGGACCUGAUCUAUUUUGCUGUGGGAAUCCAUAACCCUGAGGUGCGCUUCAACCGCCUGCUACACUUUGCCCGCAUGUUUGAGUUCUUUGACCGCACAGAGACACGUACCAGCUACCCCAACAUCUUCCGCAUCAGCAACCUGGUCCUCUAUAUCCUGGUCAUCAUCCACUGGAAUGCUUGCAUCUAUUACGCCAUCUCCAAGUCCAUCGGCUUUGGGGUGGACACGUGGGUUUACCCCAACAUCACUGACCCUGAGUAUGGCUACCUGGCCAGGGAGUACAUCUACUGCCUUUACUGGUCUACACUGACUCUCACCACCAUUGGGGAGACACCACCCCCUGUAAAGGAUGAAGAGUUCCUGUUCGUCAUCUUUGACUUCCUGAUCGGUGUCCUCAUCUUUGCCACCAUCGUGGGAAACGUGGGCUCCAUGAUCUCCAACAUGAAUGCCACACGGGCAGAAUUCCAGGCCAAGAUUGAUGCCGUCAAACACUACAUGCAGUUCCGCAAGGUUAGUAAGGAGAUGGAAGCCAAGGUCAUCAGGUGGUUUGACUACCUGUGGACCAAUAAGAAGUCAGUAGAUGAGCGGGAAGUCCUCAAGAACCUGCCGGCCAAACUCAGGGCCGAGAUAGCUAUCAACGUCCACCUGUCCACACUCAAGAAAGUGCGAAUCUUCCAGGACUGCGAGGCUGGCCUGCUGGUGGAGCUGGUCCUGAAGCUUCGUCCUCAGGUCUUCAGCCCUGGGGAUUACAUCUGCCGCAAGGGGGACAUUGGCAAGGAGAUGUACAUAAUCAAGGAGGGCAAGUUGGCAGUGGUGGCUGAUGAUGGCAUCACUCAAUAUGCCCUCCUCUCAGCUGGGAGCUGCUUUGGAGAGAUCAGCAUCCUUAACAUUAAGGGCAGCAAGAUGGGCAAUCGGCGCACAGCCAACAUCCGCAGCCUGGGCUACUCAGACCUCUUCUGCUUGUCCAAGGAUGAUCUUAUGGAAGCGGUGACUGAGUACCCUGAUGCCAAGAAGGUCUUAGAGGAGAGGGGCCGGGAGAUCCUGAUGAAAGAGGGGCUGCUGGACGAGAGUGAGGUGGCAGCCAGCAUGGAGGUGGAUGUUCAGGAGAAGCUAGAGCAGCUGGAGACGAACAUGGAGACUUUGUAUACCCGCUUUAGCCGCCUGCUGGCGGAGUACACAGGGGCCCAGCAGAAGCUGAAGCAGCGCAUCACGGUCCUGGAGACCAAGGUGAGGCAGCAUGAAGAUGACUACUUUUCAGACGGGCUGAACAGCCCUGAGCCCGAUGGCGAGGAGCAGCCAUAAAGCUUGGGGCCCAGUGGCCCCUGCAGCCUUGCCUUGGCCUCAGAUCUAGCCGAGCCUAUAGGCCUCCAGACUCACACGCAUGUUCUCCAUUCUCCUGCCGCUAGGGUUCUCCCUAGAGUCUCUCUGAGGCUUUAGUUUUUGGCUGAACCACCCAAGAGUUGCCCUCCAAGUGUAGCUAAGAGCUGAGCUUGUGGACAGUGUGGAUUGUUGCUGUGCUUCCGGGAGCUUCAGCUUGCCCAGUCUUAAAGAAGGAAUAGAAGAGCAGCUGAGCUGUCCUGUCUCCAGGGAAAGCUUGGUCUGGGAAGCCUAUGUGCAGCAUGGCACACAUGGUGCCUGCCUCCUGUGGACCACUGGGCUUUGUUGACUGGUCUGUCUGUCUGCCUGCCUGCCUGCCAGCUGGGAGUGGGGGUUCUGCAGUCUUCUCUGGGGCAGAAGGAUGAUGAGGUUUUGGCUUCUGGUCUAUUCCAAAACAGGAGAUAAGGAACAAGACUACUGAUAAGCGCCCAGCCUGCCAUGCUACCUGGCUGCUUUGGCCACCACUCCUAAGGGCAGGGCGUUUCUGAAGAGUUCUUGAAAGUUGGCAGUGGGUGGGAGACUUCAAGUCAAUAUGUGCAUUAGGGGCACUUACAAGUUAGUAAAUCUCUUCGAACUCUGAGCAGUAUGCAUUGCUCCACUCUGUAUUUACUUUCUCUUCUUCCCUCCAUUAAUCCUUCCUCACCCACCCCCCACUCUUUCUGCCUGGCGUACUUUGUGCCAUCCUCCCCUGCCUGUGCAAACACUGGUGGUACUUUAGGACAGCCCUGGCACUGGCUCCUUGGAGAAGGCCCUCACCUAUACCCACCACUUCCCUGGGAGGCAGACAAUCACCCCCAUCUCCAGGCUGCCACGUUGCCCAGGAGCCUCCUUGUCCUGAUUCUUGUUAAUCUCUGGAAGGGACGCUUCUCCACUGGACUGUGGGCUCUCUGAGGGCCAGGCCACCAUAGCCUCCCACCCACGUUGCUCUCUGCAGCCUCAGCCGUAUGUCUGGCCCAGAAGAGCCACCGAGAGAUGUGAACACUGAGUGAAGUGAGUGAGUGAGUGAGCGAACUGACACAACUGACCUAGAUGCAUGUGCUUCCACCUGUCAGCAGCCAGGUCCUGCAGGAAGCACUGGCUUUGCCCGGGGAAGCCUCCUGGAGGUCAUGAGGUGAUCAGGAGGCUGAGGGACCUGUGCUGGCUUGUGGGCAAGAAGGUCAAGCUGCAGACUCCUGUGCCUUCACCUUCAUGCACAAUAUUCAUUCAUUCAUUCACUGUGGUAAAACCCACAUAAAUUUUCUUCUUCACCAUUUUAAGAAUCUAGUUCAAUAGUGUUAAGUAUAUUUGCAUUAUCAAAUACAUGAAAAAAUGUUCACCAUCUUUUGCCAUUAGAGGAAUGCACAUUAAAACAACACUGAGGUUCCAUCUCACUGCAGAAAAAAUGGCUCUCAUCAAGGCAUCAAAUAAUAACAGAUGCUGGUGAGGCUGUUGGUGGGAGUGAGACUGGUGUAACCACUAGGGGGAUCAGUGUGGAAAGUCCUCAGAAAACUAAAAGUAGAAAUUCUUCUUGUCUCAGCUAUUCCCUUUCUAGGUACCUUCCUCCA